CAAUACAAUAAUCAUUAGCAUUUUCACAUUAUAUGAUUAGAGAUCAUCUGUUGGAUGAUUUAAUUUUUUUAUCGGACUGUUGUCUUAUAUUUACUAAUUGGUUUAUGUAGCGCAAUAUACUGAUCUAAAAUCUGUAUAAAAAUUUCGACAAUGCUCAGUAAAAGUCAUUGAAUUGUUACUGUAUGAUACGCAUUAAAUAAUCCGUUGAUAAUUCACAACUUAAUUUCUGUAAUGUCGCAUUGUCGCAAACAAAAUUGUUAGUUCUUGGUAAUUAAGCAAAUUUGAAGAAGCAUCAGAAAAGGAACAUGCCAGUCGUCUAAAAAUAAAAUCAAGAGGCAGAACGAAAAAUUUAAUGACUUUGCCUGCUGUGAUAAAAGUUGUGGAAUGUGGAUUUAGUCACAGAGAAAUUUUGGGUGCAAUCCGGAUUGAAAUGAUGUAUGACUAUUGUAAUUUUCACGAUGAGUUUCAGUUGCAUGAUUCUUGGCGCCUAAAGUACGUUGUAAUAUCUACCUAGGAGAUAACAAACGUCUGAGUAACAAAUGUAUGCAUACAGACUCGACUUUAUAAGUAUAGGGUAACGAGUAUCGUCAGUGCCAAGAUAUGCACAAUUCGCCCACCUCUGUCUCGUACUCGUUUUUCGUCUAUACAGCACUCAAGAAGUGUGAAUUGCAAUUGAAGCUCAAAUCAAUCUAUUGCAUGUGCGGGGGCGUCUCCAACUACACGUGCUCUAGGCGCCAAGACCUCCUCCGUCUUUGCUACUAUUAUUACAACUUCAAAUCUAAACGUGGGACAUGGUUGCUAGACACAACAUGCAUAAUAGAAAAGCUGAACUCGAAAGCUUUAACCGGUUCUCUAUUAACAAAACAUUUCAAACAAUUCGGAGAAAGCAAUGAGAAAAUUUGAAAAAGCAUUAUGCUCAACAUCGAAGCUGAAUUAUGAGAUGAUUCUACUGCUGAAAGCAAAUAUUUCAUCUUGAA